AUGUAUAUCGGGCCUCAUGGUGUUACAGCUCUGCAUAGACAUAAAUAUAGUGGUGUAGAUCAUUCCUAUGUGGCCAAAUAUGUACUACAGCCCUUUUGGUGUUGGUUUGUUAAUUUGUUUCCCCUAUGGAUGCCACCAAACUUGAUAACUCUGACAGGAUUUAUGUUCUUACUAAUAUCUGUGUUGCUUGGCUAUGUAUACUCACCUCAAUUGGACUCAGCUCCUCCAAGAUGGGUUCAUGUUGCACACGGGAUACUUCUGUUUUUGUACCAGACAUUUGAUGCUGUUGAUGGGAAGCAAGCUAGACGAACCAAUUCUUCAAGCCCAUUGGGGGAGCUGUUUGAUCAUGGGUGUGAUGCACUUGCUUGUGCACUUGAAGCACUUGCUUUUGGGAGCACAGCCAUGUGUGGAAGAAGUACUUUCUGGUGGUGGUUGAUAUCUGCAAUUACAUUUUUUGGGGCAACCUGGGAGUACUAUUUCAUCAAUACGCUUAUACUGCCUGUUGUAAAUGGACCUACUGAGGGUCUUAUGCUAAUAUACCUUGCUCACUUUUUCACUGCUAUCGUGGGUGCUGAGUGGUGGGCUCAACAAUUUGGGAAGUCUUUGCCUUUUUUGAACUGGUUGCCUUUUAUUGCGGAUGUCCCAACCUACAGUGCUGCAUUGGGUUUGAUGGUAGUUUUUGGUGUUAUCCCAACUGUCAUAUUCAAUGUUCGGAAUGUUCAUAAGGUUGUGAAGGCUAAAAAUAGAAGUAUGCUCCUUGCAUUGGCAAUGCUUUACCCAUUUGUUGUCCUUGUUGGAGGAGUGCUUGUAUGGGAUUAUUUGUCACCUUCUGACAUCAUAGCUAGUUAUCCACAUUUAGUUGUUAUGGGAACAGGACUUGCUUUCGGAUAUCUUGUGGGAAGAAUGAUUUUGGCUCACUUCUGUGAAGAACCAAAGGGCUUAAAAACUGGAAUGUGCCUGUCCCUCGUGUAUCUCCCAUUCGCCAUUGCUAAUGCACUCGCAUCAAGGCUAAACGACGGGGUUCCGUUAGUCAAUGAGAGACUAGUUGUUCUUGGUUACUGUGUUUUUACAGGAUCACUAUACAUGCAUUUUGCAACAUCUGUCAUCCGUGAAAUUACAGACGCACUCGGAAUAUAUUGCUUCAGGAUAACUAGGAAGGAAGCUUGA